AUGGCUGAUUUGACGCCGUUAUUCAGACAAUGUGUGGAUAUCGUAUCCAAGGAGUUAGGCACAAAAUCUUCUCCCUCUGUCAAACCCCCCUCAUUUUUGGUUAAAGAUACCUUCAUCAGAGAAUGUGACUCUAUGUAUGGAAACUUGGUCCAGAUGGCACAAUUCGUGGGUGAAAUCCGUCCUUUAUACCUUCAAGUCAAUGAUGAGUUCUCAAGAUUUGAUAAGCGAAUCGGCAGUGGGCUCAGCAUCGAAGACAAAAACAAAAUUGAUGAAGACUUCAAGGUCAAGGUGCAGCAAGUAUACGAGAAGCUCAAGUUUCUUCAGUCAUACGAACGGAAAAGGACACAGGUUGUAGAAUCGAAACAGAAAAGCAAAGGUUUCAUUUCGGGACUUUUCUCCUCAGAAGAGGAUCCUGAACUGGCCUAUGAUCUUACGCUUUCUUCUCACAGAACACAGAUUCUAAGGUUUCUCAGUGACACCACGAAAACCGUCAACACAGCAUUCGAGAAAAUGCAACAAAAACGUCACAAUCGUGAAAAACAGUUGAAUCUUUUGCAUUUCCAGAACUUGAACGACGACGAGUUGGAAGCCGUGGAUGCUUACAGACAAGAUUACCAGUUUGAUGUGGUAGAAGACGAGAAACAAAACGCCUCGUUCCAGGAAGAGCUCAGCCAGCAACAAAUCCAAGAACUUAAGCUGGAAAACAAGGAGCUUCUCACCAUGAAAACAAACCAAUUGAUAAUCUCUUAG